AAGAGCAGAGCUGCAGUCGACACUAACUUCUCUGUGUCUGAGUUUGCUGUUUUCUUCUUCAACACCUGAGUCAGCCAGCGAGUUCAGAAAUGUCUUCUGGCACCUACGUGUGGUCUGAAGAUCAGUUCCUGUGCUCCAUCUGUCUGGACGUGUUCGUCAGUCCGGUCACCACGCCAUGCGGCCACAACUUCUGCAGAACCUGCAUCACUAAAAACUGGGAUGGAAGCAGUAUCUACAAGUGUCCUCUGUGCAACGAGCAUUUCACCUCCAAGCCUCAGCUAAGGACCAACACUUUGCUCUCUGAGAUGGUUGAUCAGUUCAGACGUGAAGCUCACCAACAAGCCGUCAAACCAGGAGAAGUUCCCUGUGACAUCUGCACGGGACCCAAACUGAAGGCCGUGAAAGCCUGCCAGGUGUGCCUGCUCUCCUUCUGUCAGACACACCUGGAGCCUCACCUGACCGCUCCACGGCUGAAGAAACAUCAGCUGAUGGAGCCUGUGAAGAACCUGGAAGACAGGAUGUGCAUGGAACACGACAGACCUCUGGAGCUGUUCUGUAGGACCGACCGGAUGUGUGUCUGCUCGCUUUGUCCCGUCUUAGGUCACAAUAACCACAAGCUGGUUCCUCUGAGAGAAGAAUCUGAAGGAACGAAGGUAAAGCUGAAGAACACGGAGGCCGAAGUUCAGCAGAUGAUCUGGAGCAUGAGACUGAAGGUCCAGGAGAUCACAGAGUCGGUGAAGAUCAGCAAAGAUGCUGUGGACAGGGAGAAAGCAGGAGGCGUUUGGGUCCUCACAGCGCUGAAGGAGUCUGCUGAGCGAGGCCUGAAGGAGCUCCUCAAGGAGAUAGAAGACAAACAGGAAACUACAGAGAAACAGGCUGAAGUCUUCAUCAGAGAUCUGGAACAGGAGAUCUUAGUGCUGAUGAAGAGGAGCUCCGAGAUGAAGCAGCUCUCCCAGGCUGAAGACCACCUCCAUGUCGUCCAAAGCUUCUCCUCCCUGAAAGCCACUCCACCCACCAAGACCUGGUCGGAGGUCAGAGUUCGCCCACCGCCAGUUGACAAGAUCGUGGCGAGAGCUGUGGCUCAGGUGGAGGAGGAGAUGAAGAAGAUAAUAAAGGAGGCGGAGCUGAAGAGGGUCCGGCAGUUUGCAGUGGACGUGACUCUGGAUCCUGACACAGCUCAUCCUAAGCUCAUCCUGUCCGAUGACAGAAAACAAGUGGAAGUGGAUGAUGUUUGGAGGAGCCUUCCAGACAACCCAGAGAGAUUUUCCAAGUGUGUUUCUGUUUUAGGCCAGCAGAGUUUCUCUUCAGGCAGAUUUUACUCUGAGGUUCAGGUUAAAGGGAAGACUAAGUGGAGUUUAGGAGUGGCCACAGAGUCCAUCAACAGGAAGAGAAUAACUCCACUGAGUCCUCAGAACGGGUUCUGGGCCGUUAUGUUGAGGAAUGUAGAUGAGUACACAGCUUGUGCUGUCGCCCCGGUCCGUCUCCAUCUCCAGCCCGGUCCUGAGAAGGUGGGGGUGUUUGUGGAUUAUGAGGGGGGUCUGGUCUCUUUCUAUGAUGCAGUUGCUGAAGAUCUGAUCUACUCUUUUACAGGCUGUAGCUUCGCUGAGAAACUCUACCUGUUCUUUGAUCCCUGUAACAAUGAUGGAGGUAGAAACUCUGCUCCCAUGAUCAUCUGUCCUAUAAAUCAGGCUGGUCGUUGAUCUGAUGCUGAUGAAGCGCCAUCCAGAUCUUCUUUUUUAUAUUUGUUAUUUAGAGCUGAUCAUACAUAUUUAGAGUAUUUAUGAUCAGACAACUGCUUCACAAAAGCAGGAUUCAGAAAUCCAGGAUAUGAGAUAAAGUUGGGCUUGAGAUAAUCAUAAUGGAAUCAGUUUCGUUUCACAAAGCCCAAAUCAGGCUCAGGAGGCGCGACUAUGUUGAGCCAGGCUGAAGUAAUUCAGGUGAAUGAGCCUCUACAGAUUUCUUUCAACAGACCAUGAGAGAUAUCUUUUCCCUGCUAGCUGGACAAGAUAAGUUCCCAUGGCAACAUAUUCACUACUGUCUUUGUGAAACCGAAUCAAAGCUCAAUUCAGCCAGGAUAUCCAGAAGCCCGGCUCAUUCCGCUGCCCUGGUGUUGCGAAGCUGGCCUCCAGUUUGUGGUUCUGCUGUAAGAUAUUCUCCAAAAUCUAGAAACACAAAUGAACUCAUUUAAAGCUAUAAGACUGAUAACAGAUAUACAUGAUAUGCUAAAGAGACCCAGUUACUUUUAUUGUAACUGGUGUUUGGUUUGUUUUUAUUUGAUCGGAUCAGAUUAAUUCUAUACUGUAAUCUAGAUUAUAAAUGGAGAGACCUGGUCGGUUGGUAACUAAUAAAAUGACCAAACUAUCUGGUCUCUGUCUUUUAUUUUGAUGUGUAAA